AGGUGAGGUUUUGUGUGAUGCUGAUGUUCCACUGGGAGGGCCCUGGGCUGCCUCCUGCCCUGGUGCCUCCAGGGCUGCAGCUUCCUCCACGCCGUGACACAGGGACAAGAGUUCUGUGCCCUGGGCUGCGGUGCCAUAUCCGUGUCUCUGCUGCUCUCCAGGCCUCUCAGGAAACGCUGCACUGUGCGGCUGGGUUCUUGAAGAGAAGGAAUCUCAAGCAGCUACUGAAGAAGGAGCAGUUGCAGAUCGAUGAGUGUCUGCUGGCAGAGGACAGGAGCCGAGCGGCCGAGCACCUGCGCCGGGUCCUGCCGUACCUGCAGAACCCAGAGAAUCCCCUGCGAGCGGCGGCCAUCAGGUUCCUGGGAAGGGUCUGGCGGCGCCGGAGGGGGCAGCAGGAAGAGCUCCAGGUCCUCAGGGACGGCCUUCAAGGCCCAAGGAAAAGUGCCAGCCCAUCCCGCUCCAACAUUGAAAUCCAAGCCCAGUUAGCCCUAAGAGCUGAAGCAGUAGGGUUUUCUUCUGGAUCCAGUGAAUCACUGUCCCAAGAACAAAACCCGGAGACACUGAAGAGGACACCACCUCCCAGUGCUGCUGGAUCUUCGGACACAGCUGAUGAUUGGCACAGCUAAGCCUGUUGGAAGCUCAUGAGGCUUCAGCCCUCUCCCUGCCUGUAGAUAGCUCCCUCCCUUUAGCCUUCAGACACUGCCCAUCCCCGUGUUUUCCUUCCACUCUUCUUCUCUUUUCACAGUUCCAUCUCUUCAGCCCUCUGACCAUGCCCAUUCCCAUUUUCCCUACCAGAUCACCUAAUUUUUGCCUUCUAUCAAUAAAGAGUUUGGCUUCUUCACUUUA